AACCAGUCCGCCAGUCCAACCGACCGAACCGGUAGGCACGGAUCUCGUCUGUAGAGCGUGUACUUACUGAGCCCACGUGUUUUUUUGUUUGGUUUUUUAAAUCGUUUCAUUUACACCUUUUUUGGAACCGUUUUGAGAAGAAAGAUCAAAGCCGGCUCCGCCCGCCGUCUGUCCGGUGGAAAAGAAGAAGCCGUCUUUGACGAUGACAGAUUUUUUGCAUCCCGUGCCUUCUUCUUCGAAGGGACCGCCUCAAUGGCGUCCUAUUUUCAAAAGGGCACCGUCGACGGUUCAACAGGCCCCACCCGUGAUGGCACCCAAAACCAAAUCGGAGGAAUUGACCAUGGCUCUCCAAAGGCCGUGGCUGAAAUUCGACAUGGCGAGAAAGCCCAGUGAUCAAAGUCAGAACGAUUACGUGCCGGAAAUUUUUGUCGCCUGUAAAUUAGUGCCUUCCUUCGACGAUUUCUUCAAAGAAUGCUCCGCCGAGCUCGAAUAUAUAUUGAAAAAGCGCCCGACCGUCUCUCCGAAGAUCAAGAUCAACGUUGGAAACAGAAACGAAGGAGAAACCAUCACUCUUUACAACUCAAAAGGCGAAGCGCACACGACGACUGUACAGAGCGGGUCAACGUUGACGACCCUGGGUCAGUUGGACUCCGAUAAAACGUUAGAUACGAACGUGACGGCCAGCACCACCGCGGCUCGAAAAUUCAACUCCAGGUCUAAAAGAAAGGUACGCAACGUGCCAAGAAUAUUGGCCAAUUCGAAAAGGCGGUUUAACGAUCUCCCGAAAAACCUCAGGAUGCUUUACCGCCGCUAUAAAAUCAAGGACUGCUUCGUUUUUAUGUACAAAGUCCCUUAUACAGACAAUUUUUCACUCACUUCGCCAGAAUCAUACAAAGUCACUACACUAACGGAAAACCAGUACAACGCUGAAAGGUUGAACGAGGAAUCGAAGGAAGGUUAUUCGAAUAAAUUAGAACAGGACAGCUGCCCCACUGACGACAAAACGGACGGUAACAAAACACCAGGACUUGAGAAUGGAAGUGGUACGACGACGGAUGAUUUCGAACCGACUUUGAAACAGCCAGAAGAAAGAUGUAACCUAAGACAACCAGAAGAAAACAGUAACCUACAACUGCCAGAAGAAAAAAGUAACAUAGAACAAUCAGAAAAAGAAGGUUGUCAGGCGUUGUCAAAUUCAAUCGGUAAUCUUAAAAAAAAUGAAAAUUUGAGUAUGCCCGAGCUCGAACUUAGCAGCCCUUGCAAAGAAGUGACCAUGACAAGAAAAACCCCACCGAGAAUAAAUUCGCAGUCUCCCGCUUUGAGCAUCACUCCAACAUUGGCUGAAACUGACUCUAUCAGACCGAGUAAAAACGGAUCUCAUUCAGAGACGAUAAAACAUACAGUGGAUUACUUAAUAAACCAAAAUAGUAAGGAUUCUCCUCCUUCCUCCAACAUUGACGGAAACCGCUCUGAAUCUCCCGAGAAACUCUUAUCAUCAGCCAGUAUUCAAAUCUUUAGGAAAUCCCAAGAUAAGGAGACGACUCUACGACGGGAUAAGAACAGUCCGUCGCCAAAACUCUUAGAGCAAAAUUCUGUUCAGUCCACUCGGGUGGCAAGAAGAGACGAAAAUAGUUCUCCAAACAGCGAGGUCUCAUUAACGAGGAAUAAGGUAGCUGCUUCUGAUACUAAAUCCAGUUCUCCAAAACCUGUUAGUUCGAGUACUUCUCAUUCUAUAUCAAAAGAAAUGAUGCAACCGCUGGAAAAUCGAUUUCCUCAUGAAGAAAUAAAAGCAAAUCAGAUUUUAAGAAGGCAUAGCCUCGGCGAAGAAGACAGAAUUAGAACGGGCAUCCCAAGUCGUAAUGGCCAUCAAGGCUCAACGAAAAGAGUAAGAUCGAAAAGUAAAGAAGACGGACGACAGUCGACGGAAAACUGUCGAGUGAGGACGUCUGGCGGACCGCCAUUCACUAGCGAGUCGAACUGGGAUUUUCAGGGUAAAAGGACGACGCAUCCUCCCGAAGAAAAUGGCGUUGUUGCGACCCAAACCUCAACUGCGAAAAAUUGUGAUAAACCCUACUCGGAGAGAGUGCGGAUGACCUGGCCGGUUCCUUCUUCAACGGGCGUCUCAGUCGUAAUCAAAGAGGAACCGAAGGACGACUCGGACCCCACGGAACCGCCUACCAAAAAGCCCAAAUGUGAUGAGGACACGUACCUCUGGUGGAUGGCACGGCGGGUGAAAAAAGAGUAUGCCAAAACGGAAAUGGAACUGAAAACCGUCACAUUCAAAAUCUACUCCUGUUUUAGGUGCCAUAAAGAAUUUUCUGAGCACAAACAUUGGUCAAAGCACAUAUGCGUUCCUGAAACUAAUUAAAUUCUCUUUUUCAUACUCGUAAACACUUAGUUUUAUACACUUUGUAAACUAUUUUAAUUUUAGGUGUAUAAUUUUAUGCUAUAUGCAUUAGAGACGAGACUUUUUUUUAUUUUUGUACAAUUAUCGUUAUAA